AGUGUGGUGUUAUGUUAUAUGAUUAUGUUCUGACAGAUAAUGGACACUCAUGUGUUCGGAAACUCGUCGCACUCUAAGAAAUGACGCCGCCACGAUGUUCUUUGUGCUCCUGUGCUUGCAAAACUUUGUCCAAGUACUUUCUGAGGCCACGCUCCUUCCUCCAAAGAACAUCCGAGUUGAUAAGUGGCAGUUAAGAUGGAGUCCAGCCACCAAGGAGAGGGACAUCAUGUACACCGUUCAGUAUCGCAGCUUUAACACUGAUGAGUGGAAAGUUGUACCAGCCUGUGUCCAGAUAGUUUCCAAUUCCUGUAAUGUUGCGUCCACCAAAGCAAAGGGAGAGCAUGGCUGCGUAAUGCUGCGUGUGCUGGCAGAGAAGAACGGACUGACCUCUAUACCAGUCAAAGCCUGCAGCAGACAUGGUGACUCCUGUGACCCUGACUUUAAUCUGAUUGCACGGCCUGGCUCCCUGACUGUACGUUUGGCCAGUGACCACAGUCUGACUCCGGACUUUGCUGGAUUUGCAAAACAUAGGAUUUACUUUGGCAAGCAAGGAGAACAGCUGAAGAAGUAUACAGAUGUUGCUUCCUCAGAGACCAUCAGAGAGUUGGAGGAGGGCCAGAGGUACUGUGUACAGGUGCAGUAUAUUGCCACUAACAACCCCGUUGGACUGGCCAGCUGUAUCCAAUGUGAGCUCAUCCCUCAGUCAGGUGACUCAACGCAAACACUGAUAAUAGUAUCUGUGUUGGUUGUCUUUGUCCUGGUCGCCGUGAUCCCUGGAGUAACAUACAUCCUCAUCUUUCAGCGCAAGAAAAUCAAACGCUACCUACAACCUUAUAACAUCAACAUUAUGCCAGAAUUGUUCGAGCCAAUUCACAUUUCCAUCCUCCCCAGCAGCCAGAGUGAUGAGCACUUCGAUGUCCUUUCCAGUAUCACUCCUGAGGAGUUUGGAGGGAAAUGAACACACAGCUCCCCUCUCUUUGCUACUGCACUGCCGCCUGCUCCUCUUGUCCGGCUUUAUUAUUGUGGUGCCUCCCCAAACCUUCUGCUGAGAUGGAUAAGCAAAGUGACUGAGCCACUCUCUGCAACAUUCAAGUUAAGAAGCCCCAUACUCCACGCUCAUUUGGCUUCAAAAUAAUUAUUGGUUAAUCUUAGAAUAAACACUGUGGCGGAUCUUCAGAAAAUUUUCACCGGAAAGUCUGUGUGCCAAACUUAGAAUGCCUGGAUAAGCACCUUUCUUAGCAUUAUUUUUGUACCUUUUAUGAGCAUACUUCUGUGAAAAAACAAAAUGAAUAGGAUUAUUUGUGGGUAUCUAUGCUACUCAAUGAUCACUCUAAGCAUACAUCUACUUGACACUAGUUUUAGUGUAGUUUUAGAUUCUUCGCAUUUAAGAGAACUGCUAGUAGUACUUUGGUUUUAAACACUGCACACUAUUUGAUCUUUUAAAGGGCAUCAUUUCAAUUUCUGUACGCUUUUUUUGUUUGUUUUUGCAACAAUAACAUUUGUUCUUCAUAGGCAGCACUGAACAAGGUCAGCAGCAUUGUAGAACAAUCAUAGCAUUAACUAAGUUUGCUUUGGUUUUUAUUCUGUAAAAUCAGUAACAGCCCAGCAUAACACAUCAAUAACUAAGUGGAACCAGCUAACCUUAAAUUUCUAACCAUGAUUUAGCUUCGUCAGAUUCACUUGUGUAAUCUGUGAGCAGGACGAUAGUCCUUGUCUUGGUGCGUUUCUCAAUGCCCAGAUUCAAGCUGUCAGGCAAGGGCAAGAACCAAAGCAGCCCCUGUAUUUCUGCUUUGGACCAACUCUAACAAUGAUCUCUACUUUUUCCCCAACGCUGGUACAGCAGGAUGUAUUUGUGAUAUGAUUAAAAAAAAAUGCAAAAAGUCAGGACACUUGCGUGACUAUCUUGUCAGCUUUUUUGCAUGCCAGGUAACUUUUUGCUUGUACAAAAAUCGUAUUUUCCACGUCCAACCAGCAAAGUUUUCAACAAUGUUGUCCUGUCCAUUUCAAUCAUUGUUGGACAUCAACACAACUUUAUGUUCUUUUUCAACUUACUGUAAUGAUCUCUCUGUGGUGGUGAGUUUCAAUGUGUGUCAGAGUUCAAAGGGGUAAAUGUGGAUCUGGCAGGUGUUUUUCACCUAGAACUCCUGCAGUAGCCCUUCGUGACUGACACUGUGACAUACCAACUCACAAUAAACGACUAAUGGAAAACCUGCCAGCUUUGUGAUCGAGGCUCUAAAGAGAACUGUGUUUUUGUCUGCCUUAUUUAUAUGCUAGAAUAAUCAUGUCAGGUUCCCCAAAAAUUUUGACUUCUAUUUUUAUAGACCUAUCAAAUGAUUUUAAAACUGCACCAAUUACCUUUUUUUAAUCACAUCUGGAUUAGAUGUAUAAUGUGAAACUGAAUGUUUAAUGAUAAUGGCAUGUUUUAGGUUCAGGCAUAUGGGUUCUGUAAAGCAUCUUGAGACAAUUUUAAUUUUAAUUGGCGCUAUAUAAAUAAAAUUGAAUUGAAUUUACAUGUUGUAAAUACAUUUGCU